ACUCUGCUCGCUUUGACAACUAACGACAUUCUCCGCCAUUUGGACGCCGAAAUAAAACUGCUGCCUUCCGUCGGCACCGUGUUUUAAAACUGUGAGUGAAUUGUUGUCACGCGAUAUUAAUCAUCAUACAUGUACUGUAUUUGGUUUUAAUAGAAUUAAACGUGUCUCAAUCGUGUAUAUGCGGAAGAUGGCGCUGUUUCCUUUGGCGUCGCUGCACAGGAACCGAAAUCCCACCUGUUUGUACGCGGGGAUGCCUUUGUGGUUGCACACGUUUCCGGUUUUACACCUGUCGGAGUGGUUUUACUGCGGCUCCAUUGUCUGAGCACAGAUCUGACAACACACUGGAUGGUACCACCUUUCGUUGAUUAAAAUGAUGUCACCCACUGGUUGGAUAGUUUGAAAGUCCGCGAAAAGACCCGCUAAACGAGUUUGAACGUAGCACAAACAUGGCGGACAAGACGCCCAAGCAGUCCGACGCUCCGUUCGCGGCGAGAAUAGACCCCACCAAGGAGAAUCUAUCCAAGGAGCAGAUGCACUUCAUCAAGCAGGUGGAGCUCGAACAGUGGAAGAAGAAGACGCAGAAGUUGAGGACGCGGAAUGUGGUGACGGGGGUAGCCAUUGGAGCCCUCGUCCUGGGCAUAUACGGCUACACGUUUUACUCGGUCUCCCAGGACCGUACAAUGGAAGAACUGGACGAGGAGGCCAAGCGUGCAAGAGUGCCAAAGACGGGUGCCAACUGAGGCACGGUGGACCUUCUGCAGACACGCCCGCCACUGCUGACACCACGGCCGGCCUCUCUGCCCCAACACGCCGCUGGUCUCUUCCUUGGCUUCACUUGUGAUGGGAUUGUUGUCCAAGUGGACUUGAUGGGACACAAUUGCAGGCCAAAACAAAUAAAAGGCCUGGAAUGACUUCAGAAGAAUUCCGUUAUAGAUGUGAAAUGUCAACAUGCAGCAAUCUGAAGUGACCUUCAAUAGCAAUGAUGCAAAAUGUUGUAACUAUUUAUGUGAUUUAUUAAAUAAAGGAUACACAUGUAUUAAA